UGAACGCCUUAUUUUCUAUUCACUAUAGUUGCAUCUCAUACUAGUAUUUGGCUUUAUAUUUUUAAUUUUGUGCUUUGGUUAAGUUAUUAUGGCUGCAAAGAUGGUCAUAACUCGACUGAUCUUGUGCGCAUUAGCUCUUUCGAUGAUCGAGUUCUCAAUGUGCCAUCUCUUGAAAAGCUCGGUUACAUGUCUCGACUGUCAAACCGGUUCUGACCUUGCAGGCAUAAAGAUACUAGUCAAGUGCAACCAGGUGAAGAACUUAGUCAUGGCUACAACCAAUGAGCAUGGUGUCUAUGAAACACAACUACCAUCAAGCAAUUGUCAAGCCAAGAUCUUGGGUGGACCCAAACAACUCUACAUUUCAAGAAAUAGUAUGGUCACUAGCAUCAAGAAGGUCCAAGAGACUGACUCCUACACCACAUCUCAACCAUUGAGUUUCUAUACAUCUUGCCCUUUGUCACAAAACCAUGAUGGGAAAUGUGGGGCUCAUAAUGAUGCGACCGGAAGGAACAUCGGGUCUUCGAAGACCGUUGAUCUACCACUACCAAAAGAAUGGGGAUUCGCACCGUCUAGCUAUUAUGUUCCCUUAUUCCCUAUCAUCGGCAUCCCGUGAUUUGAUCCUGACUUUUGGGCAUGUGUUUUACUUUAUUGCAAUGGUGUGUAUGUCUCAAAAAAGUUUAGCUUUGUGUGUUAUGUGGAGUGACAAGCAAGAUAUAUAUGCUAAAAUGCUUAUGUGUAUUUAGUACGGAUGUAUAAUAUAUUCUAAUUAAUUUCUAAUUAAUGUUUGUGUA